UAAUUUUAUUCCGAAGCCAAACGCCCAAAGUCGUCCACGUAGCGUUCGCGUUUGAAUAAAGUCAUAAAAAUGCAUCAUGGUGUAGUAAAAACAGUAAACAACUCACGACAGUGUGAGAAGAAAGCUAUGAAGCGUGCGACAAGGCAGGCGACUACAUUAUGCUGAAAGAUGGGAGAGAAAGUACUGAAGACGAAACCUGACCAACGGCACUUGCAGACGUCGAUCGCUACUUGGAUGCGUGAGGACUUUUAGUUCAAGUUCAAAUUCGUCGCGCUGAUGGCGUUUCGUUCGGUGUGGUGUCUAGCCUUAUCGUGUUUAGUGCUGGAAGGCGUAGUUUCUCGCACGAUGGCCAACGAAAGCAAUAGUACAGUGCAGUAUUGGGACCUGACUAGCGAGAACCUUACUAUUCCGGGACGCUUUGCUUGGAAUGAUAGUUUAAUGAUUGAUCCAAAUGGUUUUAUAGGAAAGGCACCGUUGCUUAACAGUGGCGUAUGGACAUGGAUCACGACUGUGUUUGGAAUGCCUAUUUUUAGUGUAUUUGCGUACAGGGCAGCCCCUCGUAAUUGUGCACCUUGCUCAUGUGGGACAAAUGCAAAUAAUUCAAAAAUUGUCGGUGGUCACGAAGCUGAGAUCGGGCGUUACCCGUGGAUGGUGGCACUGUACUACAACAACCGGUUUAUUUGCGGAGGAUCCUUGAUCAACGAUCGGUACGUCCUGACGGCAGCGCACUGUGUGUUUGGUAGCGAUCGGUCGCGUUUUAGCGUGAAAUUUUUGAUGCACGACCGCACAGUUCCCAAGGAGGAUUCAUUCGAGCGUAAGGUGUCCUACAUAAUGACGAACUGGUUCUUGAACGUGCUCGUCUUCAUUACGAACGACGUAGCUCUUUUGAAACUGAGCGAACCAGUACCACUGGGCGAAACAAUUAUCCCAGUGUGCUUACCACCGGAAGGCAACACAUACGCUGGACAGGAGGGAAUCGUGACCGGCUGGGGUAAGUUGGGUGAUGGUACGUUUCCCAUGAAACUGCAGGAAGUACACGUGCCGAUACUGUCGAACGAGCAGUGUCACAACCAGACGCAGUACUUCCGGUUCCAGAUCAACGAUCGUAUGAUGUGUGCUGGGAUUCCCGAGGGUGGUAAGGACUCCUGCCAAGGUGACAGUGGAGGACCGAUGCACGUGUUCGAUACCGAAGCAAAUCGGUUCGUGAUUGCGGGCGUCGUAUCGUGGGGCUUCGGCUGUGCCCAACCACGGUUUCCGGGCAUAUACGCCCGAGUGAACCGAUUCAUUUCGUGGAUUAACUUCAAUACUCGAGAUGCGUGUACGUGCAAGUAAAGCGAUGCUUUGUUCUGGACACACGCCGAAUAAACAACGUACCUGAAAUGGAAACAAGGAGCAAUUCGAAGAGGGUCGAAAGGAGGAGGAUCGAAAGAAAAGGUUUGUGGAAGUACAGUGCAGCUUGCUGUAACGCCGAGCAACGUGUCCAUUAGCCGUGUCCACUUGACCGGUGAAUGCCUUGUGUUUGAGAUUGUUUAAAUAAAGCUUUUACUUGCACUUGAUCGCGAUCACGGUGAUGAUUUAUCUUGGUCGAAAGGUGAAAGCUCUUGAUGGAGGACUUUUUCUCACCUUCGUACGAGGUUCUGGUGAGUAAUUUUGCCGGUUGAAAUCCAAUGAACAUUGCACAAGAUGUUAAAAAAUGCCAAGCUGUUAAAGUUCAGCGCACCCGCAUUCUACAGCAACAGCAACAGGAAGAGUUACGAUCGUAUGUGAGGCAUCCAUUUUAUCUCUGUGUUAUUUUUGGGAGAAAGAAACACUCUAGCCCAGUGACUCAUUCUGUGAAGGUAAUGUUACCCACGUUUUCUUUAGUCGAGAUAUGGCAGUUCAAUGUUCAAAUGAUCUUGAACUUGUCGUUCGGCGAAGUUACCUUUGCGUCACUUAUCUUGCAUCCGGUGCUAUUGAAUAUUGGCUGACCGAUAAUUGUUUGACAAAACAAUUUGAACUUCCUUGUAAGUAGUAAAUUGAAAAUAAAACUGAAA